AUGGCAGGUAGUGUAGUGGCCGGCGCGGGUGAAAGCUUGUCGGUCAUCAUUGCUGGCCGUAGCGUAAUGGGACUGGGGGGAGCCGUCAUCUUUAACAUGUCAUAUCUCGCAUUCUUUGCAAGAACGAAAAAGACAACAACGCUAGUGGCAUGCUGUAGUGCUUCAUGGGCGAUUGGUCUGACCAUCGGUGGGCCAAUUGGAAGUGCUCUUGCUGAAGCUGUAUCCUGGCGCUGGGCUUUGUAUCUUAAUAUCCCUCUUACUUUACUCGCGUUUAUCCUGUCCUGGUUCUGCGCUCCGGACCACCUAUUCGACGAAACAACUCCUCUGCUGCUGCGGCUUAAACGAGCAGACCCAGUAGGAGUCUUGUUCAAUGCUGCAGUACCAGAACUAUUCGCUGUAGCAUUAACGUUUGCAGGUCCUGUAUGGGAGUGGAAUGCCAUCCAAUCUCGAGCUGCAUGGGCAUUAUUUGCCUCUCUACUCAUUGCAUGGAUAGUACAGCAAUAUUUCUGUAUACUAACUACAGUGAAAGAACGUGCUUUGCCUCUACAUAUUCUAGUUCGACUAGAUCUGAUCCCCAUCUGGAUUGCAACAGCGUGCGCUGGAUCGGCAUAUGCGGUCGUGCUUAUAUACUCCCCUUUAUUUUUUACCUUCAUCCGGGGGGCUAGUGCUCUUCAACAAUCAGUAUGGUUACUGCCAUUUACUUUGUCGUUUAUAUGCACUCUUCUUUUAACUGGAUGGUUUCUUCCAUUGAUAAAGUAUUACAAGCUCAUCUAUAUCGCAGGCGGGGCUUUGACGGUUGCUAGCUCGGCUGCCAUUGCGACGACAUUGUCAGUAAAUACAGCCCAGUGGAAAAUGAUGGGAUUGGAAGCCCUCGUUGGUGUGGGGUUGGGCCUACAAUUCCAACAUGGCUCAGGUAUUUCAAUUGUAUUGAAUGACAAGAAGAGUGAUCGAGUCGAUAGUAUUGCCUUCUGCAACAUAGCCCAGUUUGGUGGAAUCGCUGUCACACUCUCUGUUUCGGGCUGUAUCUUUCAGAAUUUAGGCUACAAACUGUUACGUGAAACUCUUCAUGAAGGGAAUAUGCCAGAAUAUGCAAUCCGAGAAGCGCUUGCUGGUGUAUCGUCGGCGUUAUCACGAGAAUCGGAGUCUCAACAGCGUGUUUUAUCAGCGGUGGUCAAAGUCAUUUCCAAAAUUUUUCUUAUUGUUGUUGCUGCAGGGGGGUUGAGCCUUCUUUCUGGAUUGGUGAUGAGUCCAAAAUCGUUGGAUAUUGAGGAAAUGCCUUCUCAAGCUGACACAUCUGAGCUCACUUGA